CGGUCAAACGUCUUUCCUCGUCUUUACACUCACGCCACCGCCUCAGGUGUUCACGCGUCUUGGGCUCCACGUCAACGUCAGCCUCUCACACACGUCUCCGGUCUUUCAUUACGGGCAGCCUAACGGAAACAAAAUUCUGUCGUCUUCACCGAGAAUCUCCAUUUGUACCGUACAAUUACUGAGUGUUGUUCAUGGAAAUACCUGCUGGAUGAUCGAAUUACACUUUUAUUGACUCAAAUUCUCGACGACCACCUCCAACAUACUCUUCCGGCGAAGUUUUCCGGUGGAACUGGUAGCGGUGGAUACGAGUUACCGAAGAAGAGCGAAAGAGGAGGAUUUGAUCGGGACUUGAAGAACUUAACUACCGAUCAGAGGAUGCAGCAGAAAUGGCAGCCGGCAUUUCCCGCGACGAUUGGUAGCUUACAGAGACAAUCGAGUGGGAGUAGCUAUGCUGAUGAUUGGUUCGUUCCGUCCUUGCCAGCUGCGACGAGCAGUGGCGGCGGCGAUAAUGAUGCUUACAUCCAUUUGGCUGAUGGCGGCGACUUUGAGGCGUUGAGGUGGGAGAUGACGGAGGCGGGUGGUGGUGUUGUUGGUGGAAUGUAUUCCUCGUUGAAAAGUUGGGCACAACAAACGGAAGAGGGUUAUCAAUUGCAGUUGGCUUUGGCGCUACGGCUUUCAUCUACUUGCGCUGAUGAUCCUGAUUUACUAGACCCUGUGUCUGCUGAAGCUGCAUCUGUGUCUUCUGCAGAAGCUCUAUCACAUCAAUUCUGGACAAAUGGUUGCUUAGCUUACUUUGACAAGGUCCCGGAUGGAUUUUACUUUAUUCAUGGAAUGGAUCCAUAUAUAUGGUCAGUAUGCAGUAAUCCUCAAGAGAGUGGACGAAUUCCAUCACUGGAGUCUCUAAAAGUUGUUAAUUCUGCUACUGAAUCUGCAUUUGAAGCAAUCGUCAUUGACAGAAAUGGUGAUCCUAGCCUCAUGCAACUGCAGAACCAAACUCAUAGCAUCUAUUCCAAUAGCUUGACCACAACCGAGGUUGUUGAGCAACUUGCAAAGCUUGUUUGCAAUCAAAUGGGAGAUGUAGCUUCAGCAGGAGAAAAUGAAUUGCAUCCAUUGUGGAAGAAGUACAGUGAUGACCUCAAGAAACAUCUAGGAUCUAUUGCACUUCCCAUUGGUAGACUCUCUAUUGGCCUUUGCAGACAUCGAGCUAUACUAUUUAAAGUCUUAGCUGAGACCAUUGGCUUACAAUGUCGAAUAGCUAAAGGUUGCAAAUAUUGCAGAAAAGAUUAUGCCUCAUCUUGCCUUGUUCUUAUGGGCAUUGACAAGGAGGUUCUUGUUGAUUUAAUUGGAAACCCUGGUUGCCUCUAUGAACCUGACUCUCUAAUAAAUGGUUCGUCUUCCAUCUCAAUCUUUUCACCACUCCGGUUUCCACGUUCUACACAUAUCGACUCCACAGUUGACUUUGAGUCAAUUGCCAAACACUACUUUCAAGACUCUGACUCAUUAAAUCUGGUUUUUGAAGAUCCAUUUACUGGAAUGGUCGAAAAUGCCCCUUUACAACAUACCCUCAAUGCAGAUGUUUUUGACAUUCCAUGGACUGAUAUGGUUUUAAAAGAGAAAAUUGGAGCAGGUUCUUUUGGUAUUGUUCAUCGUGCUGAAUGGAAUGGUGAAGAUGUUGCUGUGAAGUCUCUGUUCUUAGAACAAGAUUUUCAUCCUGGAAAAUUCAACGAAUUCUGGCGGGAGGUUGCAAUAAUGAGACGCCUGCAGCAUCCAAAUAUUGUUCUUUUUAUGGGUGUUGUCACUGAGCCUCCAAAUAUGUCGAUUGUCACUGAAUAUUUAUCAAGAGGCAGUUUAUUUAGGCUUUUACACAAACCUGGUCCAAAAAAGAUCUUGGAUGAGCGACAUCGCCUCAAGAUGGCUUUUGAUGUGGCAAAAGGAAUGAAUUAUCUUCAUAAACGCAAUCCUCCCAUCGUUCAUCGAGAUUUAAAAUCUCCCAAUCUCUUAGUUGACAAAAAUUACACAGUGAAGGUAUCUGAUUUUGGAUUAUCUCGGUUAAAAGCAAAUACAUUUCUUUCAUCCAAGUCUGCAGCUGGAACUCCACAAUGGAUGGCACCAGAGGUGUUAAAUGAUGAACCAUCAAAUGAAAAAUCAGAUGUGUAUAGUUUUGGUGUUAUUUUGUGGGAGCUUAUUACUUUACAAGAACCUUGGAGUAAUCUAAAUGCUGCUCAGGUUGUGGCUGCAGUAGGGUAUAGGCACAAAAGGCUUGAGAUUCCUCAUAGUGUAAAUCGUCAAAUAGCAACCUUGAUAGAAGCUUGUUGGGCAAAUGAGCCAUGGAAGCGGCCAUCUUUUACAAGUAUAAUGGAAUCUUUGAGACCAUUGAUAAAACCUCUUACUCCUCAAGCAAGUUGUGUGAAUGUUUCGGUACUAUCAUGAUGGUGUGAAAUGAUAUCAACUUUGCUAUAGCAGAGGAUAUUGAGAGCGAAUAAACGGUUGUAUGCAUCGUAUGACUAUAGAUUACACGACUUAUGGAAUGGAUUUAACCAAUUAUAUCAACUUUGUUGGGUUGAUUAACUUGGUGGCGGAGUCCAAGUUAUAUCGUAAUCAAAUACGGUUAACUUUUCAAUGUGUUGGAUGAAAGAUAGUUAUGCAGUAUAUUGAUGACAGUGAAGUCGAAAUUUUUGUUAAUAUCGUAACUAGUAUGUCUCAUAAUAAAGUACAGUUGUUUCUUGGUAA